AUGCUGGAUGGCAGCGACGUUGAGACCUUCAGGAAGCGGCUGCAUGCUCUGCUCGAGGCGUCUGCCUUGGAAAAGCUCCUCAUGGUCGUCACUUCUGCUCCCGUGCUGGAGGCUGCAGACGCCGACGUGCAGCCGCUUCCUCCAGUCCACCCAGCCAUCAUUGCCCGUAUUAAUGACAACCCUCCCAGCCACUAUGUUGUGCAGAUCUCUGAUGGAUCCCUGGACGUGAGCAUGGACACAGAAGAAGAUGUGCAUGUGCCAGAAGCUGUGAACGCUGAGGCUGUAAAAGAGUAG